UGGCAUGGAUUCUUCUCGGCGACUGCAGCGGACUGGCUUCGGAUGAACCUUGACGAAACGGACAACGAAAUUUUGGUUAUCGAGUGGGCAACUCUGUUUAGCAUUGCUGCUUGGCUGAUUUGGAAAAACAUAAAUGAUUUGUGUUUCAAAGAGGCCACGUACACGCUGAGCCCGCCUUCCUUGGCUCAUUCCAUAAUUGCCAAAGCUAGAAUCUUGAGUGAAGGCUGGCGUGCUCCCUCCUCGUGGCCGAACUUGAGGAAGGCUCCGACAGCCAUGGUUGUGGUAGCCAUCGCUUGGAUACCGCCAACGGGAGGAUGGGUGAAGUUGAAUAUUGUUGGCACAUCCAACGAGAACCCGAGUCUGGCCAGUGCGGGUGAUGUUUUGAGAGAUGGGGCAGGUCAUUUGCUUAGCGGAUUCGUGGCAAAGAUUGGGCAAGCCUCCGCGGCGUUGGCGGAGCUGUGGGAAUUUUACCAUGGCUUGGACUUAGCUUGGAAGUCCAGGUAUAGACAGCUCGUGUUAGACUCGGACUCGCAGCUCUCCAUCCAGUGGAUUAAUGACAUACAUGACUCAGUUCAUCCUUACGCCACUUUGUUAUCUUCCAUUCACAGGAUUAUUAGUCGAUAUGGGUUGGUGCGCAUUGUUCAUGUAUAUUGGGAAGAGAAUAGAGUCGUGGACUGGUUCUCGAAGCACAGUCUCGUCUACCCCUACGGUAUGCAUGAGCUUGUUCACCCGCCAUUAGGCAUAAUAUCUGUUCUUCACUGACGAUAUGCAGUGAGUGUCCUUCGAGCGAUGGAUUAUCAAAUGCCAGGAUAACUCUUCUACCCCCACUCCUCCCCGUGUAAUCACUUCUUUUUUUGGCUUUUGCCUCCAGCAAUGUAAAAAUAAAAUAAAAUAAAUUCUAAUAAUAAAUUAUUGUAUCGAUUGAUGAAUAGUUUUUGGUUUCCAGACGUUUGUAUCCAAUGUCCGUCAUCAUAAUUUAUUUCAUAAAUCAGAGUCAUUUGGAUGAUGAUAUACACAAGCAUUCUAGAGAAUAUGAAAAUUUAACUAAAUAAGACGUUGAGUAAGAC